GUCAAAGGUGACUCCAACUGACCGACAGGCUGUUGGCGCACACAAGGGUAUCUGACUUUUGAUUCAUCCUGAUCCAAGUCUGGCUGCAAGAAUCCUUUGGUUUUAGAAAGACGUCUUCUGAAGCGACAGAUCAGGUCUGACUGCUGUGAAGUCAUGCUAGCUAACUUGAGCUUCUCUUUGAUGGAGCAUCUCAAAGUACAAUCUGUUGAUGUGUCCUCCUGUCUGGUUUACACAUUAUUGACACAGCAUGUAAAGAUCAUUUGAGGGAUGAAUUUUCAUAUCCAUCAGUUUUCAGCAGACCAAGAAAAACUGAAUGCACCACCUUUUUUCAGUUCGUCCACAUCUCACAGAAGCUUGUUGCCAUUAUUACCAUAAUUGUUCUGCAGCCAGAGAACAUUCUUAUAUUAACCUUUUUGUUUUUCUAAAGUAUGAAAACGUAAUCAAAAAUUAUAUGGUGAAGGGAAUGUUUAUGGGGACACGUGGGAGUCAUUUUUAACAUUUAACUCCUUCUACAGUAUAUCAAUAUUUCUUCUAAUGACUGUAAUCAGUGGCUAUUAAAGAUUAUUAAUGAUUAUUAAUCAUGGAGUGUUACCUGCAUAUGAGGCACCACAGUAUAACUUCAUUGUCCUUUAUAUUUACUUUUUGUUCUUUUCAGUGGCAGCAGAUUUGGUCAGCUUAUGUCUAAUUGUGAUAUCAGUUCAACACCUCAGUUCAGUUUCGUACAUUAAGAGAACGUUAAGAGAAGCUUUUCUACGGGCAGGUGUAAAAGAAAACUGUCAAUUCAGUUAAACAAAGCACAAAUUCACUGAUCAUUUGAGAAUCUGUGUGCCUUCACUGUACCUACAUUCAAAACACAAGUCUGAAUGCUGAUGUCACUCCCAGAGUGUUUUCAAAUACAAGACGAGACACAAGACCUUCUCAGUACGUGACAACUUUACCAAAUAAAUAAGAAAAUGUCAAUCACUGGUUGAAAAAAAUCUGAAGUAUGAACACAAAGUGGCUUCUUUUCUUCAUAACCCAACAUGAUGUGAUUACUUGGCAAACUGUCAAACUGGCCAACAAAAUUAAUGAAAUAAAUGAAGGAAUCAAACCCUUACAGGAAGCCUCUGUGAGAGUUUGCUAAUGACCAGAUCUGCAGUCUGUGGUGAGAUGACUUUUGGUGUUUCAACUGUUUAAUGUUACUAUUGUUGUAUCAACUCAAAAUAUCAUAUAAAGUGCAUGUGGGAAAAUGAAGAACCAUGAGUCUGAUUCAUUUUAUCUCAUUUCAUUGAGUUCAUCAUUUUUCUGUGAAAAGUUUGGGCAAUUUAGUGUGAGCUUGGAUGUGAUCGUUUAAUGGACUGUCUGCGUUUAAAGCAGUGUGAUCUGCAGUUCCAAGAAGUCAUCUUAAGGUUGAAAUUGUCCUGUGACAAUAAUCAGCACAUCGAGAGUUUUCGUCCCUCCUCUCACAGGUACCCCUGAGGGUUUGCAGGCAACGCCCAAAGACAGAAACAUGAAACGCCACGUGAAUUCAGCUGAAACACAAAAACUUUGUGGCAAAGUUUUGGAAAAGACGUGUGCAUCCUUUCACAUGGAUUCGAUCGCUGCUCUCCUGGGUCAAAGUCGUGUGUGUGACCCAUCAGUCAACACCAACAUCCAGGAUGCAGAAGGUAGCCCUCUGGGGGUGAGGGAGGUGCCCAAAAGCCAGUAUCUGAUGCCCAAGAAGGAGACCUGGUUCCAACUGUGACUGUCAGUCUCAGACACCGCACAAUUACUAUGCACACACUUCUUAUAAACUCACUGAGUGAGACCUGUCAGAACAUUGAGACCUGGAGAGAGAGACUCAUCAUUCACUAAAGGUAUAGAAACUUUUCAAGGUAUGCAGUUACAUUCCACCACAGUUAUCUGCUGCCUUUCGUCCCACAGCAUAAUAGCUAUGAUAUGAGAUACAUUGUACAGCCAACAUUUGCUGGGUACAUGUGAUGACGUUGGUGUUUAUUGUAAUUAACAUCAUUAUUUUAUACCUUCGUGCAACUUUGACUGGGAGGAUUGCAUAAUGACCAGAUUGCGUAAUGACCAGAUCUGCAGUCUGUGGUGAGAUGACUUUUGGUGUUUCAACUGUUUAAUGUUACUAUUGUUGUAUCAACUCAAAAUAUCAUAUAAAGUGCAUGUGGGAAAAUGAAGAACCAUGAGCCUGAUUCAUUUUAUCUCAUUUCAUUGAGUUCAUCAUUUUUCUGUGAAAAGUUUGGGCAAUUCUUGACGACCUUUUAAACUCAUUUACGUUUACUGACCUUAAGUUCCUAUUAAAAAUCUAACAGAAACCACAUCGACAUCAAUUCAACCUCGGGAUGUAUGCUAGGCUAACACUAUGUUAUUGCAUUGGUGACAUGUCUGUUGCAGAUUCAUGGACUAAGGUUCCAGACUCUUGCCUGUAACACGUUGAAGAACAUUAAUGGGCAAAAGAGAGAUGGAAGUGCUGACACUACAGCAACAAGCUGACGAGGCCACGGUGGAGGCACAAGUGUUAGAAAAUAUUUUAACGUCUGUGAGUCAGUUGCUGUUGGAGGCCAAAUGACGUGCGACAGGAAGGCAAAAUGACUUUAAAAUACCAAGUUUGAUUCAUUUCAUUGGUCUUACUAAAACAAGGGUACCCCUGAGGGUUUGCAGGCAACGCCCAAAGACAGAAACAUGAAACGCCACGUGAAUUCAGCUGAAACACAAAAACUUUGUGGCAAAGUUUUGGAAAAGACGUGUGCAUCCUUUCACAUGGAUUCGAUCGCUGCUCUCCUGGGUCAAAGUCGUGUGUGUGACCCAUCAGUCAACACCAACAUCCAGGAUGCAGAAGGUAGCCCUCUGGGGGUGAGGGAUGGUGCCCAAAAGCCAGUAUCUGAUGCCCAAGAAGGAGACCGGGCUCCAACUGUGACUGUCAGUCUCAGACACCGCACAAUUACUAUGCACACACUUCUUAUAAACUCACUGAGUGAGACCUGUCAGAACAUUGAGACCUGGAGAGAGAGACUCAUCAUUCACUAAAGGUACCCCUGAGGGUUUGCAGGCAACGCCCAAAGACAGAAACAUGAAACGCCACGUGAAUUCAGCUGAAACACAAAAACUUUGUGGCAAAGUUUUGGAAAAGACGUGUGCAUCCUUUCACAUGGAUUCAAUCGCUGCUCUCCUGGGUCAAAGUCGUGUGUGUGACCCAUCAGUCAACACCAACAUCCAGGAUGCAGAAGGUAGCCCUCUGGGGGUGAGGGAUGGUGCCCAAAAGCCAGUAUCUGAUGCCCAAGAAGGAGACCGGGCUCCAACUGUGACUGUCAGUCUCAGACACCGCACAAUUACUAUGCACACACCUCUUAUAAACUCACUGAGUGAGACCUGUCAGAACAUUGAGACCUGGAGAGAGAGACUCAUCAUUGACUAAAGGUGUGAACAGCAGUAUAAAAAGAGAGGAAAUGAGAGAGGGAGCAGCAUCCUGCACAGAGGGAGAGGCAACAGACGAAUCUGUCCGCCAGCUGCAGAAUCCUCAGAGACCUUCAUCACCCUCGUCCUCCAACACACCUCCAGAGGCUUAGGCUCUCCAGCUGGUUGGCCUCCGUCAACAUGCUCCGCCCCCUGCUCUUCCUGUCUGCUCUUAUUGGGCUGGUGGCACGUUCUCAGCAGGCUGAUGUUCUUAGAGAAUUUGACAUCAGCUCAUGUGCCUUCCCAUACUUUGGAAAGUCGUACAGUACCAUCUAUAUCAGCAUGACGGAUCAACAUUUUGCAGUCUGUUUCACUGGCUAUUAUGACCCUGAGUCCAGCGGGGACUGUGUUGUGGGGCCUCCAACCACAUCAACAUCGAUUUCCUACGGCAGCGGACAAGCAGACGGAGGAGAUGAAGACCAAUACUUGAGCGGUUUGUCAAGCAUUUCUGAGAGUCUAACUUGCGAGCUGAGUGUGAGAGGGGACUAUGGGGACAAUGUUUAUUUGUACUUUGGUAAAUUUAACACAGAAGCAGCUCUGCUCAUAUCCACAACAGCAUCAGGUUCACAUAGCUUUGACGUUCAGGUCGAUGGCGUCGCCGUCGAGACACUAAACAUAAACAAUACCGGGUCCACCCCAGAAACAAACACAUACUUGGACAUCAGCGGAUGCAGAGAAUCAGGUGUUGUGUACAGACCUGGUGACGUGAUAAGCUCUGAACCAUCAAACUGCACCAAAGUAAUCUGUAAUCAGACUGCAGUCAUCACACCCACUGAAUGUGGAAUCCUGGAGCGUUGUCCAGGAGACGGCAACUGCAUUCUUGACCCCAUCUGCACUGUGACGGGCCCCGCCAUCAUCGACUUCUAUGGGCAAGUUAACUCUGUCCCGGAUCGGUGUGCGUACGUUCUGAUGUCGAGUCAAUCAGUUGCAGGCUUCCAAGUCAUAGCGAACUUCCUGGAACGCAGACGUAAAGAUGUGAGCUUUGUGGACAGCGUGACACUGAGACUGACAGAGAAGAAUGCCCUAAUUGUGCUGAAACAAGGUGGAAUAGUUCUGCUGAAUGGUGAACCACAGACACUCAGCAGCUCGCCUCAGAGUUUCUUUGGUGUGGAGCUCUUGAAGAAAGAAACUGGCAUCACUGUGAAGCUGCCAUUCUCAGACUACAUCACUUAUGUCUUCUUUGAUGGCGACACCACACAGAUCAGCUUCAGAGUUUCAAUGUCGAUACUGAACCGACUCACAUUCUGUCCUGAAUCUGUCCAGGACCUACUGGACAAGUUCCACAUGUGGAUGGUUUAUGUGCCAACUUGA